AAUCCUCCCACACUGGCCAUUAUGGGCUCCGCCAUUGCCAUGUCCGACGCCGUUGACCCGGCCACCUUCUGGCCCCUCGCCUCGAAGCAUAUCCUGUACACAGGCGUGCCUCCCUCCCCCUUCAUCAUCACCAAGACCAAAGGCACACGGCUCUACGACUCGACGGGGCGACCGAUCCUCGACUUCACGUCGGGUCAAAUGUCGUCCCUCAUCGGCCACGCACACCCGGAGAUCGCGGCCGUCAUCAACCACCACGCCGCGAACCUCGACCACCUGCUGUCCAACAUGCUGACGCAGCCGGUGCUCGACCUCGCGCAGGCCCUGGCGUCGCUGCUGCCGGCGCCGCUGACCAAGUCGUUCUUCCUGAGCACGGGCUCCGAGUCGACCGAGGCGGCCAUCCGGCUCGCGCAGACGUACACGGGCCGGUUUGAGAUUGUGGCCUUCUCGGCCUCGUACCACGGCCUCACGGCCGGCGCCGCGGCCGCGACCUACUCGACGGGCCGCCGCGCCGGCAUCCCCAGCGCGCCGGGCCACAUUGCCUUUCCGGCGCCGUACGCCUUACCGGUCGCCGUUCCGCUGCGCCGACGCACCUACGACUGGCGUGCCGAGCUCGACUACGGCUGGUCCCUCGUCGACAGCAGUCGGUCGGGUCGCUGGCGGCCCUUCAUCUUCGAGCCCAUCCUCAGCACGGGCGCAUCCUCGACCUGCCGCAGGGUCCUCGAGAUUGUGCGCCGCGACGGCCUCUGCGCCGCCGCCGAGGCGAGGGGCCGCCAGCUGCGCGAGGGCCUGCUGCGCCUCAAGGACAAGUACUGGUGCGUCGGCGACGUGCGGGGCAAGGGUUUGUUGCAGGGCAUUGAGAUCAUCUCGGAUGCCGAGACCAAGGCGCCGGGGUCGGAACUCGGCCAGGCCGUGUCGGAGCGGGCCAUGGACAGGGGGUUGUCGUGCAACGUCGUAAAUCUGCCGGGGAUGGGUGGCGUGUUCCGCCUGGCACCGCCCGUGACCGUGACGGAAGACGAGAUUGCCGAGGGCCUGGCUAUCCUAGAUGAGGCCUUUGAAUAUGUAUUGAAGCAGCAGAAGAAGCCAUAG